AGGUGAAUGACGUUUCAACACGUACGGCACGUCAAAAAUUAUUUAUAUUUUAGUUUAUAAUUUUAUUUAACAAACAUACAUAAAAUGACGGGAACAGGUAUUCUACCAACUUAUCAACGUUUUGUAAAUGGCAUGCCAGUCCCGUCAUUUUCCCGACGUUCAUUUCGUUCCCGUGAAAAGUAUUUUAUAUUAAUUGUAUUUUUGACAUUUGGUAUUGUGUGUUUUGGUACAUUAUUUUUCUUACCUGAAUUACGUAGUUCAAAUAAUGCUGUAGAUAGUGUAUAUAAAGUGUAUAAACAUAUGCAAAAAGCUGGUCCAGAAUUAUUAAUACCAGCACCACCACAAAUGAACGAAGGGGAUGCUUUAAAACUGUUACGGCAUGAUGAUAGUUUUAAUGAGGAUCCUCAUGUGGUUGUGGAUCGUGAAAAGUUCCGUCAAAAAUUAAACGAGGAUCCGGAGUUCAAAGUUAUUGAACGUCCUAAUGUGGUACCAUCCAUUUCCAUGGAUGGUGGUGCCGGUGUUAUCCAUAAUGAUUUGGAUAUUUUAAAAGAUAGUGGUGUGCUACAAAAUGUGACUCUUAUCGGUGGUGUUACUAUUAAGAAUAUACCAAUGAUUGUGGGUGGUGAAACGUCUGAUAUGGUUCAAGAGCAACGUCGACAUAAAAUUAAAGAGAUGAUGAAACAUGCGUGGGACAAUUAUGUUCGAUAUGCAUGGGGUAAAAAUGAAUUACGACCAAUUACAAAACGUGGACACUCAGCCAGUAUAUUUGGUUCAAUGUAUAUGGGUGCAACAAUUGUUGAUGGUCUGGAUACAUUAUUUAUAAUGGGUAUGCAGGAUGAAUAUAAAAUGGGACGUGAUUGGAUCGCAAAUGAAUUUAAUGUUAAAAAUUUUAAUGGUGAAAUAUCUGUUUUCGAAACAAAUAUUCGAGUUGUUGGAGGUCUAUUAACAUGUUACGCACUUACUGGUGAUGUAAUGUUUCGAGAUAAAGCCAAAGCAGUUGCUGAUAAAUUAUUACCAGCAUUUGAAACACCUACAGGAAUACCAUAUGCAUUAGUCAAUUUAGAAAAUGGGCAUAGUAAAAAUUAUCAAUGGGCAAGUGGUGGUUCCAGUAUUUUAUCUGAAUUCGGUACAUUACAUUUAGAAUUUGUAUAUUUAAGUGAAGUCACAGGCGAUCCAAUUUAUAGGCGGAAAGUUGAACAUAUACGACAAGUAUUAAGUGAAUUAGAGAAACCAAAUGGAUUGUAUCCAAAUUAUUUAAAUCCAAAAACUGGACGAUGGGGUCAACACCACAUGUCAAUGGGUGCAUUAGGUGAUAGUUUUUAUGAAUAUUUAUUAAAAGCAUGGAUCCAAUCUGGUUACCGUGAUUCAAGUUCCCGACAAACAUUUGACGAAGCCAUUAACGCCAUGUUAAAACACAUGUUAAAAACAUCACCAAAUGGUUUAUCAUAUUUUGCUGAAUUAAAGUAUGAACGUAUCGAACAUAAAAUGGAUCAUUUAGGCUGUUUCUCGGGUGGUUUAUUAGGUUUAGGUGCACGAACAUUACAGAAUGAAUACUCAGAACGUUACAUGCAAGUAGCCAAAGAUAUUACACAUACGUGUCAUGAAUCAUAUGAUCGUGCCGAUAUUAAAUUGGGACCAGAAGCGUUCCGAUUUACACAGAAUAUUGAAGCGAAAGCAUUGAAAUAUAAUGAAAAAUAUUAUAUUUUGCGACCGGAAGUUAUUGAAUCAUAUUUUAUUAUGUGGCGUGUUACAAAAGAUCCCAAAUAUCGUGAAUGGGGUUGGGAAGCUGCUAAAGCAAUUGAAACGUACUGUCGAGUAGCCGGUGGAUAUUCAGGUGUUAAAAAUGUGUACCAGAAGGAACCAAGUUACGAUGAUGUUCAACAAAGUUUCUUCUUAGCUGAAACGUUAAAGUAUUUAUAUCUUCUUUUCUCCGACGACGAUCUAAUAUCAUUAGAUCAAUGGGUUUUCAAUACUGAAGCACAUCCAUUACCAAUCAAAGGUGUGAAUCCAUUAUACAGACCGUUCAAAGCAACCAACAAUGAACAACAACAACAACAAUGAAACAACAGCAUCCAAAAUCAACGUCGAUCACCUUGAUCAAACAUAACCUUCUUAGUGAUUUUAAAUUAAAUUUAAAUUAAUAUUUAAAUAAAAAAAUACCGAGCCCAUAAAAAAAAUAACACUCUCAAGAAAGUGUGAUACAAAACUGAAUUUAAUACAUAAAUAAAUUUUAUUAUAUAAUAAAUAAAAAUUAAAAAAAAUAUAUAUUAUUAAAAAAAAUAGAGAAAUUUCUACUUGUCCGACGCCGGAAAACCAAUUUUUCAUGUAAUUUUGCCACCGCCGGUGAUAAAUAUAAAAACCAGUGCCGUCAAUUUUAUUUCUUUCCCGCAAAUUAGUUGGCUAUGAAUAAAAUUGCCGGCUCUUAAAAAUUAACGGCGCCGGUAAUAUUACUUGAAAACAUGUGUGAUCGGUGCGCCGGUCGCGUAGAAAUUUCUAUUAAAAAUAUUGUAAAUAAUUGAGAACAAUGUCUAUAUAUAUAUCAGAAGAUUUUUCUCUAGAAGAAAAUGAAGAAAAUAAUGACGACAAUUUAAAAAUAAUAAUAAAAAAAAAAACGCGCGCUUAGUGAAAAUGUGGUUUAU